ACAUCCAGCAGGGUUGUCCUUCAGCAGAGCUAUCUCAGUCAGACAGCCUGUAGUCCAGCUUUUUCUCGGAAAAGGCGGAAUAACCCUGCGUUAAAGGAAACGACAUCGCUUGUGGACCAUGGCGGCAAAGAUUUUGCCCGUUGUGAAACUGGCCACCAAGGUGACCAUUGCAGGAGGAGCUCUGUACAUCGCCGUUGACUCUGGUCUGCUGGGCAGCAGCGAGCAGGGAUCAGAGGCUCUGGGUAAAGCCAAAGCUGCAAUCCCACCCGCCAUCGAGGAAUGGAUGAAGUACUUUGGCCUGGAGGCUCAGCUUCCAACGAUGCCAAAGAUUGAAUUCUCCCCCGUUGAGGCGUGGAACUCUGGGGUUCGGACGUCAAUUUCAGCUCUUUCGGAGGCUCCAACAAAAGCAGCUGGAUACACAAAUCAGGGUUUGCAGUACCUCAAGGACCUAACCAAGUAAACAGGAAUUCUCUGAAAACCUGGCAUUUUAUCUGACUUUUUGAGUCUUGCACUUGAAUGACAUUACUUCUUCAAAAGUUGUAGCCCCUCCCAAGAAAGAAGAAACACCCAGCAUGAAAGAAAAAAAAGACAAAAAGUUGUGAAAAUCAGCUGCAAGGAGUGCCGUCUCCUGAAUGGGUACUCAGGCUCUCUAAGUAAUCGUGGCAUUGGUUGGGAGUUGUUUUGUGCAUAAUGCUCGGAAGCAAAAUGUAUUUUUAAAAAAUUCAAUUUUGUGUAUACUAUUGGAUUUCAUUUUGCUUUGUACUGUCUAAACAUAUAAUGCUCCACUCCCCUUUGUUCUCAUACCAUCCAAAUAAUGUUACGAAGAGAAUGUCUGUUUGUUGUAUAUAUGCAGUUUCACCAUUUGUGACUAAAUACAUCAAUCUUAAAACA